AUGGAGACCGUCAACAGCAUAGCACAGGCUGCCGCCAAGGCUGUCUGGGGAGAGAACACCAGAGAUGGCCAAGAGCCCAUCUCUGGCGAGCAGGGAGACACUUCAAAGGGUGAGCCCUUCGACAAGGGCAACAUCGAGGAACCCCAGACCAAAUCUUCCACAACUGCCGAGUCCAAGGGCGCCGCGCCAGAGUUUGCAAAGACCACUGGAACGGCGGCCGAGUCGAGCAAGGUCCCAGACAACGAGUCCACCAACCUCAAGGCCAAGGACACGCCCGCCGACACGACCAAGGGCCAGAACGACAUCCGGGACCCCGAGAACCCUCAGACGAACCCCAAGAACCAGCCGUCCGACGUCGACAACACCGGCGACGGUCCGAACGAGGCCCAGAAGCUUGACGGCCCCGGCCCCAAGCCCCUGGAAGAGGUCGCCAAAGAACACGGCGGCGAUGCUGGCAACUCAGACACCAAAAUCGCCUCUGGCGCCAGCGAUAGUAAGAAGGGAGAGGCCGAGCCGGAGGACCCGAAUGACCCCCGUGCCCCGAGUAAGGGCGAGGGCACCGGCGAGAAGUACAUCAAGACCUCGGGGCUCGCGGCCGACGGUGGCGAUUUCGACGCCAGUAAGGCUGGUGCCGGCAGAGAAGCUGAUCGCCUCCUGGAGCAGAAGGGUAUCCAUGUGACGAAAGGCGAUAACAAGGGCGCCUCUGACACCAGCGUCAACUCGGGAGAGAAGGAGAAGAAGAGCUUGGGCGCCAAGAUCAAGGAGAAGCUGCACAGACACUAG